AACUGAAACCAUGGUCACGUGACUCCAGCAGCCCUACGCGGUGUGUUUAGUGUAGUGUACACACACACACACACACACCCUGAGCCCGAGUGUGAGGAGAGAGACUGCGCGAGAGCGGGACGGAGCUGGACUGAGUGUGAGAUGUAUUAUUACAGAUACGAGAAUGCGGAGGUCAGCUGCUGUUACAAAUACCUCAUGUUCAGCUACAACAUCAUCUUCUGGCUGGCCGGAGCAGCAUUUAUUGCGAUUGGAUUCUGGGCCUGGAGUGAGAAGGGUGUGCUGUUGGACUUGACCCAGGUGACCCGUCUCCAUGGGUUUGACCCGGUCUGGUUGGUUCUGCUGGUCGGCACGGUGACGUUCAUCCUGGGGUUUGCCGGCUGUGUGGGAGCGCUGAGAGAGAACAUCUGCCUGCUGCGCUUCUUUUCAGGUGUGAUCGGUUUUAUCUUCUUCCUGGAGCUGACGGCGGCCGUGUUGGCGCUGGUGUUUCAGGAUCCUCUGAGGAAGUGGAUCAGCGACUUCUUCGUUGUGAAUGUGAAAGGCUACCGAGAUGACAUCGACCUCCAGAACCUCAUCGAUUCACUGCAGAGAGUGAACCACUGCUGUGGAGCCACCGAUCCAAAUGACUGGGACCAGAACGUUUAUUUUAACUGCUCAAAGACCAACCCGAGCAGAGAGAGAUGUGGAGUCCCUUUCUCCUGCUGCGUCAGUGACCCGGCGGACACAGUAGUGAACACGCAGUGUGGUUAUGACAUCAGGGAAUCUGUCCGUGCGAAGUGGGACGGUGUGAUCUAUGCAAAAGGCUGUGUUACUGCUCUUGAAGAAUGGCUUCCGCGCAACAUCUACAUCGUAGCAGGAGUGUUCAUAGUCAUCUCACUGUUACAGAUGGUGGGGAUUUUUCUGGCUCGGAAUCUGAUCAGUGACAUUGAAAAAGUAAGAUUUAAUUACUAACCCAUGAAGACCAAGAGAUGACGAGAGAAUACAAACUCAUUGACUCGAUUCAUUCAUUUCCCUCAGUUUCUUUCUAUCUGUGUGUGUGUGUGUGUGUGUAAAGGAGAGACAGCUUGUAUGUUCUGGUGUGUGUUGAAUGUGGAUUCGUCUCUGCAGUGCCUUUGAAGCAGUGUGUGUAACACUCGCAGUGUAACGACUGUAACUGUACUUUCACUCUCAGGUCUUAAAUCUGCUUUGUAAUAAUUAGAGUUUAAAGUUUUUGCGAUGUUGUAGAAAAAUGUGAAAACAUUUGAUCAGUGCGUAAAGCUUCUAACAGGGACCCUUCAGACGGAAGCGAUUAUUAGAUUGUGUGUGUGUGUGUGUGUGUGUGUGUGUGUGUGUGUGUGUGUGUGUGUGUAAGGUUUUCCUCCCUGAGCACUUUAUUAGGAACACUGGGCUGGCUCGUCCUUUGCUCUGUGAACAGCCUCGGUUCUUCAUGGCGUGGGUUCUUCGAUCACGUCACACAGUUCCUGCAGGUGUUUCACGGUCACGCUGAGAGUCUUGUGUUCUCUCGCGUUCCAAAGAUCUAAAGAGCACGGACUGAGGUGCCAUGAGGCGAUGAACACACUCACACUGUGCCCGCGCCCAGACAGACGAGAGAAAGACGGAGAGAGACAGAGGCAUUAAAGCCCUUCUAAGCCCAGCAACCCCGCUACAGUCAGUCGCUAAAAUCACACUUUCCCUUAUUCUGGUGUUUGAUGUGAACAUUGCCCCGCCCUGUUGACCCAAACCUGCAGGAGUUUAGUUUUUUCAAAUGUUGCCUCGGUGCCCUUCAGCUCAUUACAUGCGUUCCUUAUAAAGUGCUCAGGUCGGUGUGUGUGUGUGAAUAUAACAAUAACCAACAGGACAUUUUAUUCAGUUUCUUGCUUAAACUUGUGUUUUCUUGAAAUUUGAUUCUGAAAAGUGUUUGUGUGUGUUUGUGUAAGAGAGCAUGUGAAUUACAGAUCAUUGUAAAGCGUUUGUGUUGUGGUCCGAGUCCCAGGGUCUCUCCCUACUGUUCCUUAUUUCUGCCAGUUGCCUUUUAUAGAAACAUUACACAGAAUUAUUAAGCCUAAUAUUUUCUUUCAAAAUAUUUUAAAAUGUACUGCACUGUUUAAACUCUGUGCCAUUAUAAAAUGUUUAUCAUAGUGUUACCUAACGAAUGUUUAAUUUCUAACUUGCUUCACUGUUUAUUUCUUACUGCUGUUUGAAAUGUAUACUUCUGAGGGUAUUUUUAAAGCGACUUUUGGACUGAAAUAUUAUAUUUUAUAUGUGAAUAAAAGCUGCAGUUUUGCUGA